UUAUUCCAGAAUCCAUUAAGAUUAAGAGCAUCGAAGUUAAAAGACUUGAAUGUGAAUGAUUAUCCGUUGACUAAAUCUCUGGGCUUUUCCCUGGACACCAAGCUGGGGAAGAAACUGGAGGACGCGAUGUUCAGUCAGGGUUACAUGGAGCAGUACCAGGAAGUCAUGCGCGCUAGCCGCGAGUCCUUCGAAAGUUUCGAGCGGGACAAGGAGAGGAGGCGGCGACGAGGUAAAAGUUCCACGGAAGUCGAUAGGGAAGGUAUAGUAGAACGACGUCGUGGCGCUGGACGCCUACGUUCUGAAGUGGGCCGGCGGCGCGCGCGUUCGCAGGCGCUCCGCAGAGACAAACUGAACACACAGAGUCUACGCAGUCAUCUGGAGCACUCCAAACAAUCCACGCAGCGCGACUCACAUGCCUAG